UACAUGACCUUUCGUUUUGCUUGGAACCGGACAUGCAAAAAUGUAUGAUACAACAAAUACGAUGUUAAAUACUCUCAUAUCACUGCUGAACUAGGAUGCGACACAGACGGUGAAAUUGCUACAUUGGGGCCCUGUUCAUCUCACUGUGCUCUCUUAGACUAUGUUUUAACCUGCCACUCAAUGUAGUCCUGGAGCGCUCAGCACACGCACUUCUGCCUUGCUCCACGCCCGGGUUCAAUCACAGAGCAAAAAGCGGCCUUGAUCUAGUCCCAAUUUAGUGCUAGUAGUAGUACAGUAGGUACUAAGCGUCUUAGUAGUCCACUCCAUGGUUUGUUACCCCUUCGAUGGCCCUUUUCACUUUCCAUUUAGUACUGUAGAGCCAAUCAGUUCGGUCGCAUUGCCCGGGAUCUCUUUUGAAAGUCUCAAAUAAUUGAUCUAUUAUAAUGUCAACCUUACUCGAUCGAUCCAGUCGAUCUCUACUACUGCUUUUUGUUUCUUGGAAAGCUCUUUUACUUCUCCUGGUCGUCUUCAGUCCCGGCCCUGCGUAUGAUACCUCGACCGCCUUACUGGCGCUGGGCCGUAAUGCAGCUAAUACAGACCGCCAUGGAUUGUUGACGCCAGUAUUGGGCUUGCUUGCCACUAAUUUAACCCGAUGGGACGCUAUCUAUUUUACAGAGAUCGCUCGUCGAGGCUGCCUGUUUGAGCAAGAAUGGGCAUUCAAUCUUGGGUUCGCAAGCCUCAUCAGAACCUUAGUUGAUGUUCUCCGACACGCAACCGGCAUAAGCCAUGCAUUAAUAGAGAGUAUCAUCGGCAUCACCGUAGCUCAUGCAGCUCACGGCAUGUCGGCUUUUGUGCUUUACAGUCUAGCACGUGCUGUGUUUCCCGGAAGGAAGGGCCGCAACCUUGCAUUUAUCGCCGCAUGUUUACACAUCUUAUCGCCUGCUGGACUAUUCCUAUCGGCUCCUUAUGGCGAGAGUACCCACGCUCUCUUGAGCUUCAUGGGUUCCCUCUUGUUUGUACUGAGCUUUAGUCAUUCAGGGGCUCCCUCGACUCUCCAUGAUGUCUUGAUCCCGCUAUCUGGUAUCUUGUAUGGAUUAGCAACAGCCGCUCGCAGCAAUGGUCUUCUAAAUGGCAUGAUUCUCUUUGAGGAAGCCGUAAGGCUCUUGUACUCAAUGACUAAGGGGAUCACCUUCGCUAAAACACGUCGGCUAAUCGCUGUUGGCAUGGCUGGGAUCUGCACGGGCCUUGGCUUUGUGUUACCACAAUAUAUUGCUUACGAGCAAUUUUGCAUUAAUAACAGUGAUUCAAGGGUAUGGUGUCUUAAGACUAUUCCCAGCAUCUAUAGCUUUGUUCAAGACCAUUACUGGAACAAUGGUUUUCUUCGGUAUUGGACUCUGUCCAAUAUCCCCCUGUUCGCUUUAGCUGGCCCAAUGCUGGCAAUCAUGACAUACUCUGCUAUUUGGACACUUGGCGUGGGAUCGGAUGGACAGAAAACGGGCAAUGGCAAAAGUUCCUCUAAUAUGUCCAAAACGCAAGUUCACUCGGAGGCGCCAUUAACAGGUCGUCUAUUGCGUAGUCUAGCGGCUCCCCAAAUAACCCUAGCCCUCCUGACUUUCCUGAAACACCACGUUCAAAUAAUCACACGCAUGUCCUCAGGCUAUCCAGUGUGGUAUUUCUGGCUAGCACAUGCCCUAGUUGAGGGGCACUCGCUAGCGUCAUCGGAGAAAGUCGACGUAUGCCGGGGUAAGAAGGAGACCCAGAUCAUGAACCAGUACCGGUACGCACGCAUGACUGUCUUCUACAUGGUAGUUUAUGCCCUUGUCCAAGGGGCUCUUUUCGCUUCUUUCUUACCCCCAGCGUGAGAAACUUGCUUACGAGCAACAAAUGCUAUACAAUUUCCUCACCAAGCAUAAAGUCUUUAACCGUUUGCAGUUAGCUUGACUAGGUGGCCCUGUGGAGCUGCUAUCUAUUGUCAGCAGUAGGCCAUAGUAGACGGUGGGUAAACAAUUAAUCAACUUAGCUAAUUCAAUUAACCAAUCUAGAAGCUAUUGGGUUUAAGGCACUUGAAAUAGAUGGUGUCUGGUAUACUGAUCACAGGCAUUGCCUGCAGCAUAUCUACUUCCACAGCCGACUUAGCAACCACACAGUAUGAUCAUCUGAGCAAUGGAAGUCUAUUAUUAUACCGAAAUCUAUAAGACAUGCUAUGUAACCCUUUUUGAACAC